GAGAGAGAGGGAAAGAGAGAGAAGGGGGUUGAACCAUGAACCCACAGAGUACGCGUGUUGGCGAAAUCAACACAGUUUUCAAUCAGGAUAUGCUGAGGAGGACGAUACGUCAGCAGCUGGGCUAGAGCCGUCCGGAGGACGCCACGCAGUGAACUGACCGAAGCCUGGUAAAUUCUGAAGGGAUUAACGUCGCAUACGGAAACGAAGUGCAAAAUGAGUGGCGAGGCGACGGGUGCGCCGCUUGGACCAGACCCGCGCAAGGCGGAUUCCACGGGACUUACGAAGGAAAACGGACAAAAUGUCACGAGCGCUGCCGCCAAACCGAAAACGGCAGUCCAAGCCCCGACGGACCUCGGCGACGAGCCGGACUCAUCCCUUACCGAUGCCACGCGGAUGUGGAUAAAAUUUGCCAAGACGUUCGCCUUCCUUUUCCCCAUCUACGUGCUGGGAUAUUUCGAGUUCAGCUUCAGUUGGAUUUUAAUCGGGCUCGCGGCGUUUUUCUGGUGGAAAAGAAACAGAGGGGGUAAAGAGGACAGGAUAACCAGAGCGUUUGCAUUUUUGGACGAAGAAGAGAGGACCAUGAGCCAAAGUGUAACCACUUCUGAUCUUCCCCCAUGGGUGCACUUCCCAGAUGUGGAGAGGGUGGAAUGGCUGAACAAGACGGUGAAGCAGAUGUGGCCCUACAUCUGCCAGUUUGUGGAGAAGCUGUUCCGGGACACCAUCGAGCCGGCAGUGAAGGGGGCCAACCCCCACCUGAGCACCUUCUGCUUCAGCAAGAUCGACAUGGGGGACAAGCCCCUGAGGGUGAACGGGGUGAAAGUCUACACUGAGAACGUGGACAAGCGCCAGAUCGUAAUGGAUCUGCAGAUCAGCUUUGUUGGGAAUACCGAAAUUGAUUGCGACAUCAAGAGAUACUACUGCAGAGCUGGGAUAAAGAGCAUCCAGCUUCAUGGAGUGCUGAGAGUGAUCAUGGACCCCCUGCUUGGAGACAUGCCUCUGAUUGGAGCCGUCUCCGUCUUCUUCCUGAAGAAGCCUCUGCUGGACAUUAACUGGACCGGGCUCACCAACAUGCUGGACAUUCCUGGGCUAAAUGGCCUGUGUGACAACCUGAUCCAGGACAUCAUCUACGGCUACCUGGUUCUGCCCAACCGGAUCACCAUUCCCCUCGUGGGCGAAGCCAGGAUGGCUCAGCUGCGCUUCCCCAUUCCAAAGGGGAUCCUUAGGGUCCACUUCCUGGAGGCCCAGGCCCUGGAGGGGAAGGACAAGUUCCUGGGCGGGAUGAUCAAGGGGAAGUCGGACCCCUACGGCGUCCUCCAGAUCGGCAACCAGCUGUUCCAGACCAAGACCAUCAAGGACAACCUCAAUCCCAAGUGGAACGAGGUGUACGAGGCCAUGGUGUACGAGCACUCCGGCCAGCACCUGGAAAUCGAGCUGUUUGACGAGGACCCCGACAAAGACGACUUUCUGGGGAGCUUAAUGAUUGACUUGAGCGAGCUUCACAAGGAACAGAAAGUUGAUGAGUGGUUCGUCCUGGAGGAGGUUACCACCGGCAAACUGCACCUGAAACUGGAGUGGCUGUCUCUGCACGCCACGCCCGAGAAGCUCGAUCAGGCCUUGAUGAGCAUUAAGGCUGCAAAAGGCCAGGCAAACGACGGCCUGUCCUCGGCGGUGCUGGUUGUGUACCUGGACUCCGCCCGAAAUCUGCCGCGAAACCCAUUAGAAUUUAACCAUGAGGGGCUGAAGAAAAGCUCCUUGAAUAAGGCGCUGAAGUCGGGGAAGAAGGUGAGCAGCGACCCGAGUCCCUUCGUGCAGUUCACCGUCGGACACAAAGUCUUCCAGAGCAAGACCCGCUAUAAGACCAACGAACCGGUCUGGGAGGAAGCCUUCACCUUCCUCAUCCACAACCCGCAGGGCCAGGAGCUGGAGGUGGAGGUGAAGGAUGAGAAGCACGAGUGCUCUUUGGAGGGGACCACGGUGGUCGCCCCGUUCCACCCGUGCAGUGAUGUCUCCUCCCUCCUCGUGCAGUGUAAGGCCACGCUACCUCGUGCAGACCCCACGCCAGGCCCCGUAACUCUCUCCUCAGGCCGCGAUCUCCUGCUGAACCUGAUCUCCUUCACGGACAGCGGGUCGGACCCCUACGUGCGCCUCUAUCUCCUGCCAGACAAGCGCAGGUCAGGCCGCCGGAAAACCCACACGCUGAAGAAGAACCUGAACCCCGUCUACGACCAGACGUUCGAGUUCAGCGUGUCGAUUGUUGAGCUGCACAGACGGACGCUGGACGUGGCGGUAAAGAAUGGCGGCGGCCUGCUGUCCAAACACAAGGGGCUUCUGGGAAAGGUGCUGGUGGAUUUGGCGUAUGAAGAUAUUUCCAAGGGCUGGACGCAGUGGUAA